GGCGGCAAGGAGCGGCCCAUCGCCACUCUGUCCCACCACCCUGAAUUUUGAGAACGAGCUGAGGAAGUAGCAGGAAGGGGCCAUGUCAGGUGCAAUGCAGGAAUUGGGCUUCUAUUCACAAUGAAUCAGGAUGGAGACACGUGUGACAAAGCAGUAACUCAGCAGAAUCCUUAAUCACCAGACCAGCAAGAGAGAAGCUGCAGAAUACACUGCAAGAAAGCAAACCAACUUCUUACUAAUUGGUCUGAUCUGGAAGAAAAAUACAUCAAUUCAAUAUGCAGGAAGUGAUUGGUUUCUGCAGAACUGUAUCUCCAGGAGUGAAGCAUUUUAAAUGUAGGUGUUUUAGUUUUUAGACGUCUCUCAAGUAGACUUUCUGAUGAAUCAACCUCACGGCCCACAGAGGUGACAAAGAAAUAAAGAAGGGAAAGAGAAAACAAACCCUUGGAAUAUAAACUUUGUGGCACUUUUGAACUGAACUUUUGGAAUAUACUGUUUCUGAACUGGGUGACUUUGGUGAUUUAUUAAUGUAAAAGGUUUUCAUUGAUGUUCUGAUACUCAUUGCUGGGAAUAAUACAUGAAGGAGAGCUAUGGACUACUUUGUUUCUUAUUCUGAGAAACAGUGCUUUUCAGAAUUAUUUGACUCUUCUGAUGGGGAGGAGAUGGAAGAGGAAAGGAUGGAGAGAUAUGCAGCAGAUUUAGAGAUGAAUCCUUUUGAUGGAUUGCCGUUCUCUUCCCGUUACUACAAACUUCUCAGAAGAGAGGAACUUCCAGUCUGGCAAGUGAAAUAUGCUUUCAUGGAAAGUCUGCAUCAUCAUCAGAUUGUGAUUGUUUCAGGAGAUGCCAAAACUGGUAAGAGCUCCCAGGUGCCCCAGUGGUGUGCUGAAUAUUCUCUUUCCACUCAUUUUCAACACGGAACAAUUGUGUGCACACAGACACAUAAACACACAGCAGUAUGGCUGGCAUUGCAAGUAGCUGAUGAGAUGGACGUCAAUAUCGGUCAUGAAGUGGGUUAUGUGGUCCCAUGUGAGAGCUGCUGUAAUAGUGAAACGAUCCUGAGAUACAGUACAGAUGACAUGCUACAAAGAGAAAUGAUGUCCAAUCCCUUUCUGAGCAAUUAUGGAAUCAUCAUUUUGGAUGAUGUGCAUGAAAGAACUCUCCCAACAGAUGUAUUGCUUGGACUCCUUAAAGAUGUAGUGAUAUUAAGACCCGAGCUGAAGCUAAUUGUAAUUACAUCUACUCAAAUGUGCACCAAACUACAGACAUAUUAUGGCAAUACGUCUCUCAUAAGAGUGAAGAGCAGAUACCAGGUGGAGGUUGUGUAUACCUGUUGCAUUCAGAAAGAUAAUUUCUCUUCUGCUUUAAGACUGCUUUUUGAGAUUCAUAACUCUAAAGAGAGAGGUGAUAUUGUGAUCUUUCUGGCCUGUGAACAAGAAAUUGGAAAAGCCUACAAGAUUAUUCAACAAGAAGGGCCUAAUUUAAAUCCUGAACUUGGUGAAUUGGUCCCUGUUCUUCUCUAUCCCAGUGAAAGAGAGAGAAUCCUCAAGCCAAAUGAAGAAGGGCCUUGCAAAAAUUACAGGAGAAGAGUGUUGCUAACUACAAGCUUUGGGGGAUCUUUGGUUUGGAUUAAAACUGUGGCCUUUGUUAUAGAUGUUGGGAUAGAGAAAAGAAAGGUAUACAGUCCUCGAAUCAGAACAGAUGCUGUUGUGAUACAGCCCAUUAGCAAAAGCCAAGCUGAGAUGCGUAGGCAAAUUCUGGGCAUGUCUUCAGGUAAAUGUUUCUGCCUCUACCCUGAAGAAUUUACAGAUAAUGAAGUGAAGCUGCUACCACCGGCCAAAAUUCAGGAAUCCAACUUGACCAGCAUGGUUCUUUUUCUGAAAAGAAUGGAUAUUGCAGGCCUAGGCCACUGUGAUUUCAUGGAUAGGCCAGCUCCUGAAAGUCUCAUGCAAGCUCUGGAAGAUCUGGAUUAUUUGGCUGCCCUGGACAAUGAUGGAAACCUUUCAGAAUUUGGAAUAAUAAUGUCAGAGUUUCCUGUCGAUCCACAGCUGUCAAAGGCUAUUUUAGCUUCGUGUGAAUUUGACUGUGUGGAAGAAAUGCUCACCAUUGCUGCCAUGGUAACAGCUCCUAGUUGCUUUUUAAACCCACCACAGGGAACAGAAGAGAUUGCAGUCGCUUGCUGGCAAAAAUUCUUGCAUCCUGCUGGAGAUCAUUUUACCCUUAUCAAUGUCUACAGGGCUUACAAGGAAGCUAGGACAAGCUCCACAGGCCUGUACUGUAGUACUGAAAAGUGGUGUCAAGAGUAUUUUCUGAACUGCUCUGCACUAAGAAUGGCGGAAGCUAUCAGAGCUGAAUUGGAUGACAUUAUGAAACGAAUUGAACUCCCAAUUUCAGCACCUGCUUUUGGAUUGAAAGAAAAUGUACUGAGGAUAAAGAAAGCACUCUUGUCUGGUUACUUUAUGCAAAUAGCUCGUGAUGUUGAUGGUGCUGGAAACUAUUUAAUGUUGUCACACAGGCAAGUAGCCCAGCUUCACCCUCUGUCAAUAUACUACAACACUGCAAGGAUCCCAGAGUGGGUUGUGUUCCAUGAAUUCAGUAUUGCUGAAAACAACUCUCUAAAAAUCAUCUCAGCGAUAUCACCUGAUCUAUUUGUGGAGCUGGCACCUCAAUACUAUUUUAGUAAUCUGCCUGCCAGUGAGAGCAAGGCUAUUCUGCAGGAAGAAAUCAAUCAUUUAUCACCCAUUUCAACAACAGGCAAGGAAGAAAAAACAAACAGCAAAGAUAAAGAAUAUAAAAAAUAUCCUGAAACACCUGCCGAACAGCGAUGCAUUAUUCAAUAAGUUUGCUAUCCCAAACUGUGUUGAAGUAUAUAACCUCUAUGUACAAUAUAUUCCCAACACCAGCUUUUAUAUGACAUGAGAAAUGAUUUUAAAACAGAACAAAAUCGCAGGAGUUUUUUGUUAUUAUCUUUGACAACAUGGAAACAACCUACAGUUAGUUAGAAAAGUGUUCAACAAUUAUUAAAUGAUUACUGUUUUGAGGGGGGUUUUAUUGCACUUGUAAUCACGGAUGUUUCAAAAUGGCAAUUCUCUGCCAAUAAGAACAAGUUGUGUAGGUGAUGUACUUUAUGAGAAUAUAAAGGAGAUCCUGAAAUAA